UCUGUCAUUAUGUUUGUUAAGAAUUGCAUGGGAAAUUGUUGGUUAAAAUUUGGAGCUUUGCUGACAUCUAGUGGACACAGUUUGCAUGUGGAAUUUUGGGCAGUCAAGCAGAGCUCUUCCAGCUGCACGGUUGCUGUUUUCACUAGCCCUUCAGACGACUUUGGACACGUUUGUUCCUUGGACACUAUUUGUCUUUUUACAAAGAAAAGUAAAGAAAAGAAAACAAACCAGCCAAAGAGUUGCAAAAUAAAACAAGAAAACUACUAAGGACUGGAUUAUUUUCAAGCCAAGUGUUAGCUAGCUGUCUAGCUUUGUAAGAGCAACACAUCGUGAGGGCAGCAUAGUAAAAAGACAAUUACGCAGCGGGUUCAAACUCGUCAUGAGUCUACGUUCUGGCAAGAAAUAUACGAAGGACUACGCUAAGGACACCAUGGAUCGACCAAAAUCGACAGAGCAAGAAACAGAUGCUAAUCUGCAAGCUGAGAGAAAAUCACCUCUGCAAGUAAGUGACGUUGCAUCGCAGUCAUCCAAAAGAUCAUCUCGUUCUUCACAACGGUCAAGCAGGACGUCAGUAUCAACUGCUUCGUCAGCAGUUAAAGCACGGGCCAAAGCUAAAGCUGCUCAGGCUCAACUGGCGUAUGCUGAAAAGGAAGCUAGUGUAAUUAAACAAAAGGCUGACCUUGAAGCGAGUGUGUUGAAGCAGAAAGCGGACCUUGAAGCCAGUCUCCACAUUCUUCAAAGCCAGAGAGUUGCUGCCGCUGCUGAGGCUGAAGCUACGGCUUAUGAAGAGGAAGAGAUUGAAAGCGGGGAGAAGCUAAAAGAAUUACACACCACAGAAGAACCUCUCAGUCCUAUUGAACAGACUAGCAACUAUAUCGAGCAACAUGCUGAGCUAUUUCGUGACACUUUGCCACCGGAACGAGGUCCAGAUUCUACCGAAGCAACCAUCACACGCCAAAGAUACAGAUAUCCAAAAUUAGAAAAAAUUGAGUUCAAACGUGAAAAACCAAGCAAGUGGGAUCAACCGCUCACACACUUGGACAGAACUCAGCAACCUCAUCAAUCUGACAGAGGAUUUGUGCCAGAGCCACAAGGAGCACAUGAUCUUGCAAAGUACUUGAUGAGACGUGAGUUUGUCAGUUCAGGUCUUUUAAAAUUUGACGACCGUCCUGAACACUAUUGGUCAUGGAAAGCAUCCUUUCGUGGCGCCACGCAGGACUUGAACUUGUCACCCAGAGAGGAACUGGACUUGAUGGUUAAAUGGCUGGGACUAGAUUCAUCGCAACAAGCAAUGAGAAUACGUUCUGUGCAUGUUCUUAAUCCCGCAGCAGGCCUCAACAUGGUGUGGCAACGUUUAGAGGAAUGCUAUGGAAUGCCAGAGGUUAUAGAAAAUGCACUGUUUAAGAAAUUAGAAAGCUUUCCAAAGCUAACAAACAAAGACAACGACAAGCUACGAGAACUUGGUGACAUUCUACUUGAGCUAGAAUGUGCAAAAGUAGAAGGAUACUUGCCAGGCCUUACUUAUCUAGACACAGCUCGUGGCGUAAAUCCCAUUGUGGAAAAGUUACCUCACAGCUUACAAGAAAAAUGGAUAACUCAAGCAUCCAAGUACAAAGAGGACUAUGAAGUGCCAUUUCCUCCAUUUUCUUUCUUCUCUCAGUUUGUUAGAAAACAGGCUAAGAACCCUGCAGACCAUGCCACCCGGUUUACUGCAGCAGAGUACUUACAACAGACCAACUGGUUUACAGGUCCCAGUUUUUUGAAAUCAGAUUCUGCAGAAAAGCCCCCCGAAACCAACAACUUCAAUCUGGUGGAGCCUGAAACUGAUGUUGAAAUUAGACCCAUUGUGACAGUCCUGACUACUCGCACCUCAUCAGGUCAGCUAGGUUCACAUCGAUUUGAGCGAUUCUCAGAUUGGACAAGACUCUGUAACACUAUUGCCAGACUCAUGAGUGUCGCUGUCUCCUUUAAGAAGAAUCAUGAGGAUGCAGAACGCGAAACAGGGAAACGUUUUGCCAAAAUUCCCAGUACGGUGGAGCUUAAAAAGGCUGAAAUUCUAAUCAUUCAUGACAUCCAACAAGAGGCUUUCAAAGAAGAGCUUAAAUGUCUUGAGAAAGGAGCGACACUUCCUAAACAAAGCCCACUUCAGAAACUUAGCCCUGUGAAAGACAGUAAUGAUUUGCUGAGAGUUGGAGGUCGUAUUUCGUCUGCAGAGAUGUCAAACGAAGAGAAACAUCCACUGAUCAUUCCCCGAACAUGCCACAUUGCCACAUUACUUGUGAGAUUUUUUCAUAAAGAGGUGGCUCACCAAGGUCGCCACAUAACAGAGGGAGCUCUUCGAGCUGCUGGUUAUUGGAUUAUUGGAGCCAAGCGUCUGGUGUCUUCUGUAAUCCAUAAAUGUGUUAUCUGCCGCAAACUACGUGGACAUCUACAAAAACAGAAAAUGGCAGAUCUGCCAAGAGACAGACUUACACCUGAACCUCCAUUCACAAAUGUGGGCCUUGAUAUUUUUGGACCAUGGACCAUCAGUACACGUCGCACAAGAGGAGGAAGUGCUAAUAGUAAACGGUGGGCAGUCCUUUUCACCUGUAUGUCAACCAGAGCUGUGCACAUAGAGCUGGUGGAAUCCAUGUCAACAGAUAGCUUUAUCAAUGCUCUGAGGAGGUUUUUUGCUAUCCGUGGUCCUGCCAAACUUCUCCGAUCCGAUAGGGGAACCAACUUCGUGGGUGCAUGCAGAGAACUGAACAUCAUCUCUAAGGAGGCAGUGAUUGAAUCCUAUCUCCAAAGCAAAGGAUGCACAUGGAUUUUUAACCCACCACAUUCAUCACACAUGGGUGGUUCAUGGGAGAGACUUAUCGGUGUAGCCAGACGCAUUCUGGAUGCCUUGUUACUUCAGACAGGACACACUCAUCUCACACACGAGGUUUUGAGCACUCUCAUGGCUGAAGUCAUGGCGAUCAUGAAUGCCAGACCUCUGGUCCCUGUAUCCAAUGAUCCUGAGAUGCCAACAAUCCUCACUCCGGCCAUGUUGCUUACUCAAAAGUCAAGCACAGUAUCAGCUCCUUCUGGUCAAUUCAAGAUGGGUGAUCUCCAAGGUAAACAAUGGAAACAUGUCCAAUGUCUUGCUGAUACCUUUUGGAAGAGAUGGAAACAGGAAUAUUUGUCCACUUUACAAGUGCGCAGAAAAUGGACUCGGCUAGAGAAAAACAUAAAGGUGGGAGAUGUUGUCUUGCUUAAAGACAAUCAAGCCCACAGGAACGAUUGGCCCAUUGGAAUUAUUGUGAAAACUUUACCAAGCAGUGACAAGAUUGUACGCAAGGUAGAAGUGAAGACAACAAAAGGAGGACAAGUCAAGGUUUUCCACAGACCUGUCUCAGAAGUUAUUGUUCUGCUUUCUGAAGGCCUUUGAAGAUGGACUGAUUGAGUUUUCUGUAACUAUGGUGUCAAAAUCAUAUUUUGCCAAGCGGGGAGUGUGCUGACUCUGUCAUUAUGUUUGUUAAGAAUUGCAUGGGAAAUUGUUGGUUAAAAUUUGGAGCUUUGCUGACAUCUAGUGGACACAGUUUGCAUGUGGAAUUUUGGGCAGUCAAGCAGAGCUCUUCCAGCUGCACGGUUGCUGUUUUCACUAGCCCUUCAGACGACUUUGGACACGUUUGUUCCUUGGACACUAUUUGUCUGUAAGUUCAUUUCAUCUGUUGUCAUUCUGGUAUUGUGGAAUAUUUUGUG